AUGGUGAUCAAAUUAGACACUCCCGGACGCAACUCCGGGUCGAACGUCAGCGGGCCUUCUAUGGAGUCCGUGGUGGCCUUCAUGAUCUUUGUACGGAUCGAGUUAGCGUCCUCGGUGAUCAGGAUCUUGGUCAGCGGGUCUGGAUCUGACUUGGACAUUUUUUUGGCCGGGUCUCUCAGAUUGAGGAUCUUGUUGGUCGGAGCCAUCAGAGUCCGCGGCAGCGUGAAGAAGUUGGAUUUGGUUUGUUUGUUGAACACCGCGGCAAGGUCUCUGGUAAAUUCCAGGUGCUGGACCUGGUCCUGA